AUGGAUGUUGGAUCAUGUCCGACAGAUCACUUGCAAGCAACUCAUCAUGAGUACUCAUAUUAUUUUUGUUCAAAAUAUAAUUAUACUUUAUUUCAAGGGAUAAAAUCGGCAUCAAACACUGUAAUACUAAAGAUUAAUGCUCAACCUAUUCCAGAUGCAGAACUUAAAUCAGUAGUAUGGUUAGUCAGACACACAGGUCUCACAGUUAGAGAGACACAAGAAGAUAUCUGUUCGAUGACCUCGAUGUUUACAUGUACACCCGAACCAUCUAAUCUAUAUACUCAUAUCACUAAAAUAAACAUUGAAGUGACUGCAUUCAAUGCUACAUCACUGUCACCUGGGUACUUGGGGAUCACAAGCUUUCAAUUCCCAGAGUUGAGAUCAAUGUCUUUGAUCUUUAAAAACAAUGUAUCUUUUAUAGGUACAACAUCAACUCUUGAUAUGCUUGAUAUCUCCCCUUUGAAGAUUUUAAAAUCAAUAUCUAUUAUCGAUGAUGGAUCAAUUAGUAGUAUUCCAUCAUCAUUUGGAACCAAUAUGCCUUUACUUGUCAGCCUUGAAUUGAAGGGAUGUCCAAAUAUUGUCAAUGUGCGCAGUCUUGGAAAUGCAUCAGAGCUCAGAUCAGUCGAGUUGUCUGGAACACGUACACUGGCACGUCUAGACGUGUUUACCAUCAAGGCAAAUGUUUAUCCAGCCAUCUUAUCAAUCAAUUUAGAAGUGAAUAUUAGUACUGCUGGUAUAUCAUAUUCUUUAGGUGCACUCGGAAAUCUAACUGAAUUAGUUUUUAAACAAAAUGGAGUUAGUGUUCUAUCAUUGGCUUUAGAUAAUAGGUAUCUUUCUACAAUACAAUUGUUUGGAAAUGUAUCAGCUACACCAAGUCAUCCAAAAGAGUUGGGAUUUUUAGAACUUUUUAGUGCAGGUGCAACAGUUGCCCCUUUUGAUUUUGAUACGUAUCCAAAUUUAGAAACAUUAUCAAUCUAUGAUCAUCAAUUUACUACACUACCAUUUACAUCAUCAUAUCGUAAAUUACGUUAUUUAACUAUUCAACGUGGUCUCACAACUAUUCCACCUAUUAGCAUUGAACUUCCAAUGGCGUCAAUUAAUUUCGCAAACAAUAAUUUAACAGGCACACUUUCAAAUGAUAUCAUUCCAAGUGGACGUUCAUCCUUAUUGUUUGAUGUAUCAGAUAAUCCUCACCUGUCGGGAUCACUCGAUUCCAGAUUCUGUCAACUCCGUACAUUUAUCGCCAACACAUCUAUUAACUCUGUUCCCGAUUGCUUCAAUUGCUACUAUGACAAACAAUUAGGAUUUUCAGCAAACUCUCCUCCUGCCGUUGGAUUCAAAUGUCAAAUAACAUUUAAUCAAUUGGUAUUUGGAUCUAAAAAUGGAAUAGCUGAAAUCACUGGUUCUAAUUUUGGUUGGAAAGAUGGUUCAAAUUAUUCAAUCAUCACUCCAAAUACAAAAGUUGCGAUUGAUUUUUUAGGAAGUGGUGCACCUCAAACAGUUGGAUUAGAAUUUGGAGAUCUCCAUUACAAAGAAUUCCAGGUUGUGGAUGCAACGAUUAUUGUAACGGCAUCUAGUUUUGAACCUCUUACCAGGACAUUUACCUUUAAAUUGACCUAUAACACCUUUCUCCCACACUAUGUUACAUUGCAAUCAAGUAGUAUGUUUGAAUUCCCUUGCACUGUGCUAAGUUCAUCUUCGACAACCAAUACUCUGUUAUGUCAAGUCGAUCAACUUAACCCUGGUACAUUUACAGCUACAAUUAAAAAUGAUUAUAAUAUCAAUAAGGUUACAAUUACUGCUCCAGGUACUCAAUUAAUUUACCCAUUGGUUACAUCUGUUCAAAUGAUUGGUAAUUUAUCGUUGGCUGUGUAUGGGUAUUUUGGAGAAUCAAUAGAUGUAUAUUAUGCUUGGGUUACUUUAAAUGGAACAUUACAAUGCCCAGUAACAUCAAAGAAUCAAACUACAAUUCUUUGUACAUUAUUAUCAGCACCACAACCUGGACAAGCAUCGGUACAAGCCAAAAUAGAAGAUUUCUUUUCAGCAGUCAAUACUAUCUUUUAUCCAUUCCCACCAUCAAUCGAUUUAAAACAAAAAUGUAUUGAAGAUACAUUAAAUUGUUAUGGUCAUGGUCAAUGUAGUGACCAAGGAAUAUGUGUUUGUGAUCAAAAUUAUUAUGAUAAUUGUAGAUAUUUUAAGAAUCCAAAUGUAACAUUUGUUCAAAACGAUACAAAACCAGUUGCAACAUUUGAAUUGGAUGGAUAUAAAUUCUUUUUCUCAUUGGUUGCGAUUCAAGAGUUGGAUGUUGACGAUAAUGUUGUACAAGAAUUGUUGAUCAAUUCAACAUUGUAUCCAACACUAUCAUCAAUUGUCAAUGUCACAUCAUUGAUUGAAUAUUCAACACAAGACAGACAAUUACCAUUUGGAGAUAGUAUUGUAUCAGUUGGAGCAAAUAGUAUUAAAGUUGGUGUAAAUGUCACUGGAUGGCAAUACCAAUCGAUCCUAUCACAUCUCAGAGUUGUAUUCUCAACGAUUGUCAAUAAUGAACAAUCAACCAUUCAAUCAUGUUCCUCUAGUGAUAUUCCAACAUUUGAACAGAUACUAGGAAGUGAUAGUUAUUUAAGAGUUAUCAAGAAUGAUACACAAUUCUAUGGUAGAUUCCUCUCGUAUUCCUAUUCAGAUGGUAGAAAGACAUUUUCAAGAAAUGAAUUAAUCAAUCAGACCAAUAUCAUUGGAAACAACAACAAUGAAUCAUUGGCAUUGAUUGGAGUUCAUGUACCUCAAUGUACUUUUUGUUUACUAGACCCAGAUUUCAGUGCAUUGGUCGUCAACAAUGAAAAGGUCGAUUGUUCAUCACCAUCAUCAUCCAACAUGUGGAAGAUUAUAGUUGGAUGUGUUGUUGGUGGAGCUGUAUUUAUAGCAUUGGUCAUUGCACUUGUAUUCUAUCUUCGUGAUAGUAACUCUACAAGACUAAAGAUAAAAGCUGCCAAGAAUCUUUUUGGCGCCAAAUAA